AUGUCUCGUUGCUACAGUCAGAGAAAUCAGCGCUAUAGGCUUGUGGAAGGCCUUCAAGCCCACAGAAAGGCACCAGGCCUGGUGGGUGCACAGGCUUUGGUAGCUCAGGAGGAGGAUGCCACAUCUUUCUCUCCCUUCUGUUUCCCCUCCUCCUUUCCCUCUGCCUCCUGUUUUUCUCUGAUCCUGGGCAUCACAAAGGAGAUUUCUGCUGCUGGGAUGCUGAGUCCUCCCCAGAGUCCUCAGAAAGCCUGUUCCUCUCCCUCUUCCAUCAAAGCUACUCCAUCAAUCAAAUCAGAUCAGGGUUCCAACAGGCAAGAAGAGGGGGGUCUAAGCACCUUGGAGGCCCAGCCAGAUGCCAAGUCCUUGAUUAGAGAUGCCAUAGAUGACAAGGUAGCUCAUUUGGUUCUUUUCCUGCUCCUUAAGUAUCGAACCAAGGAGCCAAUAACAAAGACAGAAAUGCUGAAUAGUGUCAUCAAAGAUUACAAAGAUCACUUCCCUGUGAUCUUCAGUGAAGCCUCUGAGUGCAUGCAAUUGGUCUUUGGCAUUGAUGUGAAGGAAGUGGACCCUGUUGGCCACUCCUAUGUCCUUGUCACUGCCCUGGGCCUUACCUAUGAUGGGAUGCUGAAUGAUUUCCAGAGCAUGCCCAAGACUGGCCUCCUGAUAAAUAUCCUGGGUGUCAUCUUCUUGGAAGGUGACUGCGCCCGGGAGGAGGUCAUCUGGGAAGUGCUGGGUGUGAUGGGGGUGCAUGCUGGGAGUGAGCACUUCAUCUACGGGGAGCCCCGGAAGCUCAUCACCCAGAAUUGGGUGCAGGAAGGGUACCUGGAGUAC